AAUUGAAUAGAUAAUAGAUAUCAUCACUGAUCAGUGAUCACAUCAAUAUUUGUUUUACGGUUUACCACAAGCUUUAAAUUAAAUUUAUAAUACGGUAGUAUAUAAUUUCUAAAGUAAAAAACGUAAGUAACGAUAAGGUUAGUCAUGGCUGAGUUGGAGGAGCAACUUAAUAAUGUAUCUGUUAAUGAGGAUGAUGAUUUCGUAGACCCAUGGAAUGUAGCUGGAAAGUCCCAAACAGGAAUUGACUAUGACAAACUUAUAAAAAGAUUUGGUAGUCAGAAGAUAGAUGAAGAACUUAUUCAACGGUUUGAAAAAGUGACUGGACAAAAAGCUCAUCACUUUUUAAGACGUGGUAUAUUCUUUUCACACAGAGAUUUCCAUAUUAUUUUAAAUCUUCAUGAAGCAGGCAAGAAAUUUUAUUUGUAUACGGGGAGAGGCCCAUCUUCUGAAAGUAUGCAUAUUGGUCAUUUAAUACCAUUUAUAUUUACCAAGUGGUUACAAGAUGUGUUUCAUGUUCCAUUGAUAAUUCAGCUUACUGAUGAUGAAAAGGUUAUGUGGAAGGAUAUCAAAAUUGAAGAUGCAAGACAAAUGGCCUUUAACAAUGCUAAGGAUAUUAUUGCAGUUGGCUUUAAUCCAUCUAAUACAUUUAUUUUUAAUGAUCUAGACUUUAUUGGACAGUGUCCGGCAUUCUAUCAGAAUAUGUUGAGGGUGCAAAAGUGUGUCACUUUUAAUCAAGUCAAAGGUAUAUUUGGCUUUGGAGACUCAGAUGUUAUCGGUAAAAUAACAUUUCCCUCAAUAGAAGCAGCACCAGCCUUCUCGACUAGUCUGCCAUUUAUAUUUGAAAACAAAGUUGUACCAUGUCUUAUCCCAUGUGCAAUCGACCAAGACCCAUACUUCAGAAUGACUCGGGAUGUAGCAGCCCGCCUGAAACUGCCGAAACCAGCUCUGCUUCAUGCAAGCUUUCUUCCAGCACUGCAAGGUGCCCAGCAGAAGAUGUCAGCUAGUGAUCCCAAUGCUUCAAUUUUCCUUAACGACACACCAAAGCAGAUUAAGAACAAGAUAAACAAAUACGCAUUCUCUGGAGGACAAGCGACGGUUGAAGAACAUCGGGAAAAGGGUGGCAACACUGACGUGGAUAUUUCGUACAAAUACUUAACCUUCUUCCUUGAAGAUGACGAGAAACUUGCUGAAAUUAAAAAAUCAUACGAAUCCGGAGAAUUACUUACUGGAGAAUUGAAAAAGUUGGCCGUAGAAACGAUCACACCUCUGAUACAGGACUACCAAGUGCGACGCGCUCAAGUCACUGAUGACGUCAUGAGAAAAUUCUUCGAAAUACGCAAGAUUGACGUUUGAUCUCAAUCAACUGCAUUAUUUAAAUGCAUUUAUGUACAGUAACUAUUUAUUAAAGCGUCUCUCUUAAAAUGUACAGAGUUUUUACAAAAAAAAAAUAUUUUCUUUCAAUAAACGUUAAACGUUUCCUGGUUCAGCGGUAAAUAUUCCAUAGUGGCUUAAAUUAUUGAUCUCUGCAAAAAGUUAUGGUUAUAUGAGCUUAUAAUAGUCCGAGUAGAAAACUUGCUAAAGCACCGAAGUUACUAUACAAUUUUGUUAUUUUCGUCUUAUAAUUUUUUUAUUAAUAAUUAUUUGAUACUUAAAAUUUACAUGUAUUUUGUUUUGGAUUUGAUGAAACUUUGUUUUUAAUGUAUGUAUGCUCACUUGAAUAAUAACAAAAUGGUGUUAAUUGUAGGCUCUGAGUAACAUUUAAAGGGACAUUUAUUUAUGAGUAAUUUAAAAUUGCACUUUGUCUCUAAGUUGAUUUUAAACCAUAUUUUGUAUGUAAUUUAAGGUUGUGCUUAGCACAUGAAUUAUAUUUUGCUGAUGAAGAGCUACUUUCAAACAACUGAUUUUUUCAUUUCACAAAUACGUUUUGUAAAAUAAACGGUAAACCAAUAUAAUAAGCUUGAAAAAAUAAAUAUUAAGA